UUACUUCGUAAGGAAGGAUCGACCAAUACAUUUAUCGAAAGAGAAAAAUAGCAGCGAGAAGAGAGAGAAAACCAUGGCAAAUUUUGGAGACCUCGUUCUGGUUCUGGGCGAUCUUCACAUYCCCGAGAGAGCAAACGCGAUUCCAGAGAAWUUCAAAAAGUGAGUGUGCGUGGUCUUUCCUUUUUKCUUGUUGUGYAAAUUGUUCUCGCUUUUGCCAAUGCCGCUGCUGCAUUUCAGAACAAUUGCGACGGCUGAAAACGGUAUCUUUUCUCCGACUGCCGGAGCAGCGCAGUAUCUUGGAUUGCUCCGUCUCUCCUGUUCCCAUGCAUCGAAAGCUGUUCUCAGCCUCUCRCCGCUUCUGUUGCUCUGUUCCGUACCAACUUCAUCACGUGUUGUGUUCUCUCAUUUGGUUUCGUUUCGUUACCUUCCUUCUAGGAUGCUCGUCCCCAACAAGAUGCAGCACGUCAUCUGCACGGGAAACAUCGGCAUGGAACAGUAUCGSGAGCUCUGCGCGCUCGUCCCGGGCCCAAACCAUUUCCACGCCGUCAAGGGUGAUUCGGACGGGGCCGAUCUCUUCGGCCUCAACCUCCCCGAGGCCAGGGUCGUCCGGGUCGGGGRGUUUUCGAUCGGCGUCGUCCACGGYCACCAGCUGCUCCCCUCGGCGGGGUCGGGGGACGCCCGGUCCCGGAUGCGUCGGAAGCUCGGCGUCGACGUCCUGAUCACGGGUCACACCCACAGGAAUGAGGUGUUCUCAGAGGACGGGUGCUACUACAUUAAUCCGGUGGGUACCACAGCCGAAGCAGAAGCCCGCUCAAGGAGCCCCGCUCGUUGCUGGUGGAGGGAUUGUCGUGCGUUUGUGCCUUGUCGUCAAAUUUUUCUGCGUUUCUAACCUCGUGCUGAUCCGCAUCGUGCUUGCGAA